CGGCCGUGACGUUGGAGCGUGCUGGCCUGGGAGCAGCCGAACUGUCGCCGGUGUGUGUCACGGGAGCGCGGACGACGUUGGCGGGCUGUGAGAUGACUGUUACCAACUUCGGCACGAUGCGCCCCUGCUUCGCUGGUUACCCGUUCCAAGGCCAGGGCCGCGUGAACCAGCUGGGCGGCGUGUUCAUCAACGGGCGGCCGCUGCCCAAUCACAUCCGGCUGAAGAUCGUCGAGAUGGCGGCGGCGGGCGUACGGCCGUGCGUCAUCUCACGGCAGCUGCGCGUGUCGCACGGCUGCGUCUCCAAGAUCCUCAACCGCUACCAGGAGACCGGCUCCAUCCGGCCCGGCGUCAUCGGCGGCUCCAAGCCGCGCGUCGCCACCCCGGAGGUGGAGGCGCGCAUCGAGCACUACCGCCGCGAGAACCCCGGCAUCUUCAGCUGGGAGAUCCGCGACAGGCUGAUCAAGGACGGGCUGUGCGACCGCAGCACGGCGCCCUCGGUGAGCGCCAUCUCGCGGCUGCUCAGGGGCCGCGACGGACACGACGACGGCAAGCUGCCCGACGGCAAGACGAGCGACGGCAGCGACUGCGAGUCAGAGCCGGGCAUCCCGCUGAAGCGCAAGCAGCGCCGCAGCCGCACCACCUUCACGGCGCAGCAGCUCGACGAGCUGGAGAAGGCGUUCGAGCGCACGCAGUACCCCGACAUCUACACCAGGGAGGAGCUGGCCCAGCGCACCAAGCUCACCGAGGCCCGAAUUCAGGUGUGGUUCAGCAACCGGCGCGCGCGCCUGCGGAAGCAGCUGUCGAGCAGCGCGGCGGGGUACGCCCUGCCGGCCGGCUACCCCGCGCCGCAGUACCUGCUGCCCCCGGACUCCUUCGCCGCCUCCACCACCGCGCCGCCUCCAGUGUCGGAGCACCACGGCGCGGCGGCGCUGUACUCGCCGCACCACCACGGCCACCACGCGCACGCG